UGGGUUCAGAGUACACACAGGAAGAAAGAGGAGAAGUAUGUUUUUUGUGCUCCUGGUCUGUCUGCUGCUGCUGAGGCCUGGCUCCACUGCUAUAAUGACAUCUCCAUUGUACAAAUCAGUCCAGUGGGAUAUUGCAAAGAAUUCCAGCGUUUCUCCAUCUUGGGGCUCUGCGCAAAUACGACAGUAUCGCUCAGUAAAUAUGCCUGAUGUGACCCAUUUGGAACUAUUGGUUGUGGUUGGACCAGAUGUUCACAAUGUCCACCAGCAGGACACUGAAAGAUACAUCCUUACCAAUCUCAAUAUUGCUUCCGAGUUGUUGAGAGACAUCACUUUGGGAGCCAACAUGAGGAUGCACCUAGUCAGACUGAUUAUUUUGACAGAGCCAGAGCCAGAGAUCGAAAUGUCCCCAAACAUCACCUCUUCGCUUAGAAGUGUUUGUGACUGGGGGAAAAGAAUACACCCUCCUAAUGAUACAAACCCUCUCCACGCUGAUCUCCUGCUGUACAUCACGAGGUAUGACCUGGUGUUACCUGAUGGGAAUAAGCAGGUCAGAGGGGUGACACAGCUGGGCGGAGUGUGCUCUGAAGACUGGAGCUGUGUAAUUACGGAGGACACUGGUUUUGACCUGGGAAUCACAAUUGCUCAUGAAAUUGGUCACAGUUUUGGGAUCAAUCAUGAUGGUGUGGAAAACAGUUGCAGCAGCAGUGGAUUCAUGAUGGCCUCAGAUGGAGGCCAUAACAGUGUGGAUUUGACCUGGUCCUCUUGCAGCAGACAGCAGCUGCUCACAUUCUUCAGUAAGGGAAAGGCUGACUGUGUGAAAGACCUGCCUGUUCUGGGAGGCUCUCUGCAUGACUGGAGGCCCGGUUUGUUCUAUGGAGUCAAUGAGCAAUGCAGAAUAGCCUUUGGUAAAACUGCCAGAGCCUGCACUUUCAAAAGUCCAGAUUUACCUCCGUGUCGAGUUUUGUCAUGUCAUAUUGAUAAUGAUAGCUCCUGCAAGCGUUUGUUCGUCCCAUUGUUGGAUGGAACCGAAUGUGGUCUUAAUCAGUGGUGUUUGAAGGGCCGCUGUGUGUCACCUGAUGAGCUGGACUCUUCUGUGGUGGUGCACGGAUCCUGGUCCGGUUGGUCGGAUUUCUCCCCCUGCUCACGGACAUGUGGUGGAGGAGUCACUCAUCGCACAAGAAAAUGCGAUAACCCGAAACCUGCAUUUGGAGGACAUCAUUGUGUAGGCCAGGAAAUACAAGCUGAACUUUGUCAUCAAAAUCCAUGUGAGCACACACAGCUGGAUUUUAUGGCAGAGCAGUGUUCCCUUACAGACCACCAUCCACUUUAUCUGUACCAAAAUAUUGCAUCUUUCUAUACCUGGACCCCUGCUAUUGGCGUUGCAAAAGGAAAUGAUCAGUGCAGACAUAUGUGCCAGUCAGAGAGAGAAAACUUCAUAGUCAGCCGAGGCUCUCAGUUUGUAGAUGGCACUCGCUGUGAAUUCGACAGCCCACCUCCCUUUGGCUCCACGGCAGCUUGUCUAAAAGGGAACUGCCAGCUCUUUGGCUGUGAUGGCGUCCUGCUCUCUGAGAAAAUUAAUGACAACUGUGGAGUGUGUGGCGGAGAUGGAUCAUCCUGUACUUUAACCUCUGACUCCUUCACUGGGGGCCUGGCAAAAAAGUACAUUACCUUUUUGGCAAUUCCUAUGAAUGCCACACAAGUUCAUAUUGUAAACAGUGCGCCACUCUUCACACAUAUGGCUGUGUUAGUUGGAGGUCAGUACAUAGUAUCUGGUAAGGGAAACAUGGCUCUGAAUUUGACACAUCCUUCUCCAUUGGAUGAAAAUCAUGUAGAAUAUCGUCUUCACUUAACCCCUGACCUUUUACCGGAGAUGGAAGAGCUUCUUCUACCUGGACCAGUGCAACAAGAGAUACAUAUACAAGUUUAUCGCAAAUAUGGUAAAGAAUAUGGGGAAAAAACAAACCCAAACAUUACUUACAAAUUUUAUCUACAAACUCAUAACAGAUCGUCAUUAACCAGCCAACCUAAAGGCAAAUGGUCUCAGUUUAUAACACCAUGCUCAGUCUCUUGUGGAUCAGGUGUCCAGAAACAUUUAUACUUAUGUGUGGAUCAAGACACCAGAGAACAGUUAAAGCCCAAGUACUGUAAUAGGUCUAUGCCCUCUGAUCCACUUUACACAACCUGCCAGCAACCUCAAUGUCCUCCCAGGUGGGAAAUAGGGGAGUUUGGGCCUUGUAGUUCACUGUGUGGUGGAGGAGAGAGGCUCCGCCCUGUUAGAUGUGUCCAAGAACAUGGAAAUGAACUUAUGUCUCUACCAGUUAUUGAAUGUAGGAAUGACACAGCGCCACCUGCUGUUGAAAAAUGUAACAUGCACCAUUGCCCUACCAGAUGGCAUGUCUCAGAGCUAGGAAAAUGCUCAGCAGUGUGCGGGCCUGGAGAGGCUAAACGUGAUGUGUUCUGUGUCUGGGAAGAAGGUGGACGAGAUAUCAAAGUGAAUGACAGCCUCUGCAUACAGCUGAAUCGCCCCCAUGAUAUAGUUCCCUGUGUAGUAAAUGUGUGCCCAGUGGGAUGGGAAUCUAAGGCUGAGCAGGACCAGCCAAGGUUAAAGUUUGGUCUCAUGCCACGGUCAAGGCCAGCUUCUGUGUAUGUGUGGAGUCCUGUGAGCAGCCAGUGCUCAAAGACCUGUGGCAAUGGGACCCUGCAGGUGUGGUUUUCCUGUCUGGACCACCAAACCCGACUGGGUGUGCCUGACUUCCACUGUGAUGCCUCAACCAGACCUCAGCCUUAUUCAGAGAUCUGUAGCACAUCAUCAUGCCCUCCCAUAUGGCGCUCUAAGCAAGGAGUCUGCAGUGUAACAUGUGGAGGAGGGGUAGCCAACCUAGUGCAAUACUGUGCUGUGGAAAAAGAGAGAGGAGAGGUAGUUGCGGAUGAUACAGAGUGCCAAGACUUUCCAAAACCAAAAGCAGUGGUGGCCUGCAAUACCCACAGCUGCCCAGCUAGGUGGAAGGUUUUGCAGACACUAGCCUGCUCUGUGUCUUGUGGAUUGGGUGUAGCUCAAAGAACAGUUUUGUGUGUCCAGUUUUUUAAUGGAAAUGAAAGUGUAGUGCCAGACAAUACUUGCCAUGCUGCUGUCAAACCAGCCUCCACGGUGCCCUGUCUAAUGCGAGUCUGUUCAUUCAGGUGGGAAAUCAAGCCAUGGACCCAGUGUUCUGUAACCUGUGGCUAUGGGAUCCAGUCCAGAGCCGUGUCGUGUGUAGGGCCCACAAAUCCUGAACCAGUCAGCCCUCUGCUUUGUAUGCACAUGCCCAAGCCUCUAACUAUUCAGGGCUGCAACGUGGGCUGCCUAGACAAGCCACCCGCGCCUGUUGUCAAUCCUACUACCAUAAGCACUGCAUUAACUCUUUCAAUACCAGCUAACCACACAGAAGGACCACUCCCCCCUCCCACUGUGAACCUCAAAGAAUCACCACAUCAUCGCAUAGAUCAUAUACGUACAACAGAGGCAAUUUAUCCUUUGAUAAUUCCAACUGCACAAGCACCCACAUCUAGUAUAUGUGGGAGUUUACUGUUGGAUGAAUCCGGGAAAAUAGACUUAACCAAUGCAACCAGCCGUUGUAUGGUCUCAAUAGGUAGACCCUUGGAUGAAAUCAUUCACAUUGAAGUGGAAUCAAGCUCCCUAGACUGCAGUAAAAGGGAGUAUGUGGCCUUUUUUGAUCGCAUGUCAUUUGUGAGGAGGUGCAAACAGAUAGCCGGUAGUGCACUGACUACAAGAACUAAUGUCCUCUUGGUGCGCCAGAAUUUACUAACUGAGGGAAAUGGAGUGAUUCUCAAAUACAAGUCACAGAAAAAUAUGAAAAAAAAUCACCACAAAGUUUGUGACAUACAGCUCUUUGCUCCUAUUGGAAUAUUUGAGAAUCCCACCACCUUGGACAGCAAUCAGACAUGCCGAGUUCUAAUCAAUGCUCCUCCCUCAGUAAAAAUCAGGAUUCAAGCAAAAUACAUAGGAUUAGUAUUCAGUUCUACCAACUCUCAGUCUUCAUAUAUAAUGAUCAGGGACAUGGAUGUCCUAAAGACCCAUGUGUUCAGCGGGCAGAGAUUGUUUGUGUGGCAAUCUUCUGGAAACAUGGCGGAAGUGGAAUUUCAUGGGGACUAUCUGCGUUCCAGAGGGAUCUUUAGAGCUGAAUAUUCUUUCAUAAGCUCAUAG